GUGGGGGCGGCGUCCGGCCUGGAUGACCUGGACGGCGCGGAGGGUGGGCGGCGGACUCCGGCCUGAUACUGUGGGCGACGGGGGAGGUGGGGGAAGCGGCGGCCGGAGGGAUGCCGGGGAGCGGGGCCGGCGGCGCGUCCGGGAACCCUAGGUAGCGAGAGGAGUCGUGGGAGAGAGAGAGAGAGGGAGAACGAGCGGGCCGAACCGCUCUCCUGCUCGGUUCGUUCGAUCGUCGGCUGGUUUUUUCUUCUCCCUUUUCUUGUCUUUUGUUUUCUUUUUUCCUUUUUCUUUUCUCUUUCUUUUGUUUCUUUCUUUCCAUAUUCAUCAUAUGAUAAAUGGCAAUUAUGUUUUCAGAAAAUUUUGUAUUUUUAGAGUUGCUCUUAUUUUGUAUCUCAUUUUUCUUUUUCGUAUUUUUUUUAUAUUUCUGGUCUUUUCUCUUUUCGUCCUUAUUUCUUGUUCAGCUCACAACAAAGGAGUUAGAUGAUCGUUCGAGCAUAGCUUCGCGCGCAGAGAUCCGAUUUGGCUCCUCGGAGCACGUGCUCCUGCACGCGAGAAAUAAUUUUCGAAAUGUCAAACAAAAUCCAACAAAAAUUUUAUGCAUUCAUAGUCACAUAUACUACCUCUGUACCAAAAUAAUUGUAGUCGGGGGCACUUAUACUAGUUUCCCCCAACUACAAGUACUUUGGCACGGAGGGCGUAGAUGCUAGGCAAAAAAAGGUUAAACGUUUUGGCUUGCGCAAAAAAACAGAUUGAACACCAAAUGUUACCCUAAAAUGUCAUCCAAAAUUUUUUUUUUCACCGACGAAACACUAUGGCUCCGUUUCACAUGAAAUUUGUCAACCAUGCUUGAAAACAUUUGACCACUUUUUUUGCGGUACCGUUCAUCUAGAGCCAAAACGCCCCUCCUGCUUCGUGCGCCUCUAUACGUUUCUCUUUAGCGAGCUACAUGUAGAGCGUCUUCAAUCCGAGCCCCCACUUCCUCUCUAUACGUCCGUGCGAACAUUCCAGACAAGGCUUGGACAGGAUAAAGAAGAAAAACGGCAUCCAAUUAGACCUUUUUUCUAAACUCAGUUCAUAUGUUCGGGUUGUCUUGCACCCUCAUCCAAUCAGACCAUUCAUCCAUUAUUGCUACCCAUGUUUGCUAUCUUUUUUUCUUGCUAGAUGCCACGUGUAUCGUUGUUAUCUUUUUUUUUCACGGAUAAUUGUUAAUUAUUGGGCCAGUGUUGAUCUUUCUUUAACACAGUACAAUCGAAAUCGCUCACACACACGAGCAUGCACUCAUCUCUGUAAACACAGACACGCACACUUGACCUCCGUGAGCACCUCCAAAAGACUGAGUUGACAUAACAUCUUGAGAUUUUACGAAGUCAUCGUAGACGUCUCGCAGUCGAUGUGUGCGUAUCAACCAGAUACCGUCCGAUUCUCUAUGGAUAAACAAUGUUAUACAUGGCAAACGUGGAUAGUGAAUUAACACCAACCAGAUGCAUGUCGUCGAAAUCAAAUGAUACUAUAUGUAAGUGCUGAUCUGAUCACGCACUAUCGAUCGCGCAGUACGUGAUGGAGUAGACGGUGUACCCGCGGGAGCACGAGCGCGUGCGCGAGCUCCGCCUCAUCACGCAGCAGCACGCCAAGUCGUUCAUGGGGUCGUCGCCGGACCAGAUGCAGUUCUUCUCCGUCCUGCUCAAGCUGAUGGGCGCCAGGAGCACGAUCGAGGUCGGCGUCUUCACCGGCUACUCGCUGCUCUCCACCGCGCUCGCCCUCCCCGCCGGCGGCAAGGUGGUGGCGAUCGACGUGAGCCGGGAGUGCUACGAGCUGGGCCGCCCGGUGAUCGAGGCGGCCGGCGUCGCGCACAAGGUGGACUUCCGCGAGGGCGACGGGCUCGCCGUGCUCGACGGGAUGCUGUGCGAGGACGGCGGCGCCAGGGCUGGCGCCUUCGACUUCGCGUACGCGGACGCCGACAAGCUGCAGUACGCCGGGUACCACGAGCGGCUGCUGCGGCUGGUGCGCGUCGGCGGCGUCAUCGCCUACGACAACACGCUCUGGGGCGGCUCCGUGGCCAUGCCCCGCGACAUGCCCGGCAGCUCCGACUACGACCGCCUCGUGCGGGAUAGCUUCCUCCGGUUCAACGCCGCCGUAGCCGCCGAUGACCGCGUCGAGGCCUGCAUCCUCCCCAUCGCCGACGGCGUCACGCUCUGCCGACGGCGUCACGCUCUGCCGCCGCGUCAAGUGAAGCACCCACCGUUCCCUUUAUUAAUUGCCCAACACGACGAAGAUGAGUUUUUAGUUUUGGACCCCGAUAUCCACCACACGUGUGGCAUAAUAGGCAUUCGCCCAUACAUCGUAUGUGGCAUGAGCAGGGGGCAGCCCACACGGGCUGUGUGUGGACGAAUAGUAGAAUUACCCACACGUGUGGUCACGGCUGCUUCGUGCCACACGCCCAACAAAUACUACUCUGAAGAAAUAUGCCCUAGAGGCAAUAAUAAAGUAUUAUAUAUUUCCUUAUAGCAUGAUAAAUGUUUAUUAUU